UUUAAGCCAACAUAAGUUACGAUUAUUUCUGGUAGUUCUGCGUACUGCACGUGUACGGUAUGGUACGGUUUGACCAAACGACUCAAACAAAUAGCGAUGGUUUGAUUGCUUGACCACCGUUGUCCAGAUUUUUCAGUAAGUAGGUAUUUCACAUUUCAUAAAGCCAGACUGUUAUUACUCUGAUGUAAGAACCUUAUGAAUCUCAGAAGAACAACCGUGUAAUACUCCAUGCCCGCUCGAAGAAUAUCUGAGAACCAUUGACGUUUUAUUUGCCACUUUCAUGUUUUUAUCUAUUUUGGAGCUAUUUUGUAUACUUACCUAUGGUUUUUAUGUUAAUUACAUUUCCCAUCUUUAUUAUUAAAUUAAUUAGACUCUAAUGAAUGAAAAAUAUGCAGAGUAUCAACUUUAAUGAGCAAGAACCGAGUGAACCAGUGAUCUAUAUAAACCCUGACCAACAUUCAGAAUCUGAACUGACUACCGUUAUUAAUAAAACCACAAAAGAUGACCAGAACAAUGAAGAAAAGCUGCAAGAGGUUGUUAUAUCAUCAGAAAAGAAUGAAAAGGUUGGACCAACUCAGAGUAAAAUGCAAGAAAAAGAUGAAUUCCAAAGUCAUAAAGCACAAAAAGGCAUCUUUGCAGUAAGAUAUAAUGUGUACUUCCAUCCAUAUCCCGGUGGACCGAGUGAUUAUGGUGGGGAACCCCUAAACUAUACCCCGGAGGACAGAAAUGGUUUUGUUCUGAAGGUGAUGUUGGUUGUGUUCGUAAUGCUGUUGAUCACUGGAAUGAUAUGCGUUGGUAUUUACAUAUCCCCAGCACGAGAUUAUAUGAGGCGAAGUAUUCUAGGCAUAAUUUGUUUGAUCGCCGGAACAGUAUUGUACCUGAUCGUUUUUUACGCAUUUGCUUGUUCGGAAUGCUCACGGUAUCCUCCCAUGAACUAUGUCAUGAUAGUCUUGAUUGUGGUGGCAUUGACCAUGGUGUCUGCGCCAAUAGUAUGCAUGUACAGCCUGCCCGCCAUCAUGUAUGCGUUCAUAGCGACCGCGUGUGUUGUGUUAGUGUGUGUGGGCCUCGCUUGCACUAAUGUAGACUUCACAAAGUGUAUUAUAGUCGUGGUGGUGGCUUCCAUCGCUCUGUGCAUGGCCGGUUUUGCUUUGAUGAUCGCCAGAUUCGUAUUAAAACAACGAUUGACCGUUCUAAAUAUGAUUUUGCUGGCUUGUCAAGUGCUUGUUUCGUCUCUUGCAUUAAUAAUAGAACUACAGAUGAUACUUGGUGGGAAAAGCGUCGAACUUACGACCGACGAGUGGGCAUAUGCAGCGUACAUGCUAUACACGAGCGUAGUCAACAUUUUCCUAAAAUUACUUAUGCUCAUUGGUGGGUUGACGGGUGAUUCAGGAUAAAAGGUACGGAGGAUCUGUGCCGCGAUUGGGGAAGGGGAAAUGUUUUACAGUUACAGCUAUUCAGAAGGUACUAAUUUUAAAAUUAACACUGUCAGAACUUAAAAUUGUUUGGUGAAAAUCGACUGGCGGCGUAGUUUUGUCAUUUUGCAUAUUACAAAUUUGACUUGUUAGCGUGCGAAUAAUUAAAUUUUUUGUCUUCUCAAUC